UGUCAUUUAAAAUAACGCAUACCACAGUAGUUUUAGGCAAGCUUUGUUUACAUGUCGCCUGAUACACUUCGUUAAGUUCAAAUACACCUAUUUUGUUCGUCGCAGGGCUGAUAUUUGGAGAUGGCUUCAGGCUACCGAAAACCCAACACCAAUUCCAACCAGAGGAAAAAGGCAGGUCCUAAACCAGACUUGACAGAGGAACAAAAGCAGGAGAUCAGAGAGGCCUUUGACUUGUUUGAUACAGAUGGCUCAGGAACAAUUGACGUGAAGGAACUCAAGGUUGCCAUGCGUGCCCUUGGCUUUGAACCAAAGAAAGAAGAGAUCAAGAAGAUGAUAGCAGACAUCGACAAGGAGGGCUCUGGGACCAUUGAUUUUAAUGACUUUCUCUGUAUGAUGACACAGAAAAUGAGUGAAAAAGACUCAAAAGAAGAAAUCCUAAAGGCUUUCCGCUUAUUUGAUGAUGACGGCACAGGAAAAAUUUCCUUCAAAAAUCUCAAGAGAGUUGCCAAGGAGCUAGGUGAAAACCUGACAGAUGAGGAAUUGCAGGAAAUGAUUGACGAAGCAGACCGAGAUGGAGAUGGAGAGAUCAACGAGCAGGAGUUUCUAAGGAUAAUGAAGAAGACAAGUCUAUAUUGAAUGUCUUAUGUUUCCCAAGGUUUAUCUCCCACUGCUGGAACAGUCUCACUUAGAUGCCUUUUGAUUGUUUUAAGGGUACUUUAUGAAAUAGCAUUUCGUGUUUUUUUUAUUUUUUAUAUGGCUUGUAAAUUUAACAGAUCUACACACAGAUUUUUGAAUGUUUUAGAUGGUUUUUUAAAUAUUUCAUAUUUUACUUAUCUUGACUAUUUUAAUUAAAUCAUAGUUAAAGUCUAA